AUACUUUUCAGAUUACACCAUACCAUCCUGAUAAUAAUAAAAAAAACAUAAUGGACACCAUUAUGUAUAAGUGUUUUGUUGUAUUGACUAAAAAUAAAAUGGCAUAGUCAUGAUUGGAACGCUUUGCUCAUAGAUCUAUUUAAUCAGGGUAGACCUAGGGCUAAAUAUCACCACCACCACUGCAACAAACACUUCCUCACCUGCCUCUCCGUCACUGCCUUCCGCCAUGUUGAAAUUAUCGACUUACCUGGACGCCCAUCUGUGAAACUCUCCACUCGGGUUUCUCUUACUUUAUCGAGAGAGUUUGCUUUAGAAGAAGUUAAAUUUUACUUAGUCCUGAAUAUAUUAUACUUAAAAUGGAGCUUUCCGUUGAAGAACACGAACUUUUUAAAUUAUUAAUUUUAUUUUUAUGAUUAUCAUUAUUAUUGUUAUUAUUACUAAAUAUUUUCCUCCGACGUCGCACCUGUUUACUGGCUGAAAAACCAAGCAUUAGACUUGCCUUGUCUUAACUGGCUCAGUGAAUCGUGAGUCACCUUCUCGACAAGUAAAACAAGACAACAGCUAACAAAACAAAACUAAGUGAACUACAUUCUGCCUUGUAUCCACUUUGGUUAUAUAUACUUACACGUUAAAACACUUCUGCCUGGCACCAUUGUUCCUGAAAUUAAUUUUGUAGAGGAUGCUUAUAAUAUUUCUGUCCAAAGGGAUUUGGCAGAGCUGGCAGACACCUAUGCUAACAGCAACUACCAUUCCAAUGAUAUGACCAAACUUUCAUCAGACGAGGAAAAAACUAAAAAAGAGAACGUUGUUGAUACACCUGGAAAUUUACCUGACGAAAGGAAGAGAGUUUUACCUCUCGAAGAAAACAGUAGACUUUCAGGUAAACCUUAUAUUGAAGGGGCCAAAUCUCAAUCAUUGGGGAUGACCCUUACAGAAGACCAAGAAAUGAAUGGGUAUUCAGACUCAAAGAGAAAGCAAGUUGGAAUUCCCAGUAAUAGGGGUAGCAGUGAAAUACCCUUAAUAGAGAACGUCAAUAAACAGACACGACUUGUUUAUACACCGAAAACUGGCAGCCUAAAUUCUUUAAAUAAUUCUCAGUAUGUGAAUGUUGAUUCCUUUCAGAAUCCCUAUGAAAUGGAAGACCGAGGACCCCACCGAGAAAUGGCAGUUGAUUGCCCUGAAAACUUUAUUGGCACUGUCAAGUCCACUCCCCGGUAUCCACCACCAUCUUCGACCCCUACAAAACCUAAAAUAUCCUCUCCCCAACAAUCUGCUAGUAACUCAAGGGAGAAUUUGUCAAAUGAAGCUAUCUAUAAGAAUACCAAUACUUUGCCACAGCGACUUCCAACUCAAGAAGAACUCCAACGUGCUCAGAUGCACCAAGAAUACCUCAACAAGAGAAAGGAAGAGGAAGCUCGCCUCGAACGAGAAAAUGAGUUCUUGCGGAAAUCUCUUCGGGAAUCUCAAAGGUUGCGAGCAUUAGAAAGCAAACAGGUGUCGAAGCCCCCCACCGGAUAUGUUAAUACAGGCUUCACUGAAGACGCCACCGACAGCAAACUACCCGUCACAUCUAACCAAAGCAGUAAACAAGAGUACAUGACCAAAAACAUCAAUGUUGUUGAUUUGAUUGGAUUUUUGCAACAAUCAGAAAAUUAUUUUGAAAAUCAGCCGGAUAUGAAGAAAGAUCUCUAUCAGCUCUCAGUUUUAUUCCACAACCCACGAUUCCAGACAGCUGUGAAGAUACACAAUAAAGUCAUUGCUUCUUCCAGUUGCAAAUCUGUCUCAAAUGCAUCGUAUCAACACCUUCUGAGGAUCUUGGAUUUGAGGGAUCAUUGUACAGACACUACCUGUAUAGAACUCUUCAACAUCAUAAACGAACCAAAUUUUCAGAGUUUACUCAAAGUCCACGAUCAACUCUCAGGAAACCCAAGAUUUUCCGAAGACAAGGAAACUAAAGAUUAUUCUUUUAAACAGUAUGGAGAAGGUGCUGUCCGAAUUAUUCACUUAGAAAAGACUUCAGAACCACUGGGUGCUACUGUCAAAAAUGAAGGCGAAUCUGUGAUAAUUGCACGCAUAGUCAAAGGAGGUGCGGCAGAUAAGAGUGGCCUUUUGCAUGAAGGGGAUGAGAUUUUGGAAAUUAACCAACAUACGAUGAAGGGACAGAAUGUGGAUGAUGUGUCCGAAUUAAUGGCUAACCUGACUGGUACAAUAACAUUUAUGGUGGUUCCGGGCAAUAACCCAUACCAUAUCUUGUCCACAAAUAACAAUGCGAUGUGUAUUCGAGCUUUAUUUAACUAUGAACCUGAAGAAGAUGAUUACAUUCCCUGUAGAGAACUUGGCAUUUCAUUCUUGAAAGGAGAUAUUCUUCAUGUGAUUGACCAAGAAGAUAUGCAUUGGUGGCAAGCUUAUAAAGAUAAGGAUCAGCAAGAGAAUGCUAUGGCUGGAUUGAUACCUUCAAAGCUCUUUCAAGAAAUGAGAGAAAGUCUCAAACAAGCUUUACUCCAUGAUGCUAAAGAAAACAAGAAGGGCCGAAGCUGCAUUUGUUCGAAAAAGAAUGCAAAAAAGAAAAAGAAAGGUCUGUACAACUUGACCGCUCGAGAAGGAUCGAUAAAUAAUGACGAAAUCCUUACUUAUGAAGAGGUGGCACAAUAUUUGCCACAACCACACCGAAAACGCCCCAUCGUCCUCAUCGGUCCACCACGUGUCGGCCGUGUUGAUUUGCGUGAAAGGUUGAUGGCAACGGAUUACAAUCGCUUUGCAGCUGCAGUUCCCCAUACAAGUCGUUCAAAAAAAACUGGAGAACAUGAUGGGAAAGAUUAUCAUUUUGUCACACGGAAUGAAUUUAAUUAUGACAUAAGCCAAAACAAGUUCCUUGAAUAUGGUGAAUAUGAGAAGAACUAUUAUGGAACAAGUUUGGAGGCUGUACGACAAGUCAUAAAUUGUGGUCAAAUAUGUAUUUUGAACUUACAUCCUGAGGCCCUGAAAAUCAUAAAAGAAUCUAAUUUGAAACCUUAUGUGGUGUUUAUUCGUCCUCCAAACUUGGAGACUCUGCGACUUAACCUUCAACAACAACAACAAGAGCUCACUGAGAAUCAACUGAAAGAGAUCAUUGAGAGGGCACGAGAAAUGGAAGAGGUGUAUGGCCAUUAUUUUGACCACAUAAUCGUGAACAGUAAUCAGUCGAGGACAUACGAUGAACUUUUGAUGGAGAUAAACCGUCUUGAAGUAGAGCCACAGUGGGUUCCUAUAUCUUGGCUUGAUGGAUAAUCCUUGACUCUAAAUCCAGUGUGUGAGUACAUCGUUUGUGUGGGUAGAUGUGAGGGUAUGCAUGGUUAAGUAUGUUGGAGGAUGUGUGUGUGUGUGUGACUGUCUUGUAUACACUUGAUGUAUAAAACACAUGUAUGCAUGUAUGUGUAUAUGUGCAUAUCUGUACAAGUUCAUCUAUGUAUGUGUACAUGUGUAUAUAUAUAUAUAUAUAUAUAUAUAUAUAUAUAUAUUUGUAUAGUAUACAUGUAUAUAUUAUAUAUAGACACACACAUGUGCGUAAUAAAUACAUAGAUUAUAUAUUCAUGGUGAUGUAAGCGUUACACAUAUUUGAGUAUAAGCUGCAUUUGUUUUUCUUUUUACUUUUUUAAACAAAUAUUCAGUCAAAAUUUUUUGGUGCAUAUUAUUCGAAUAUCCUGCAUUUUAUUCUUCCUGAACUAUGAACAUAGGAGUGCACCAUUGCACAUACUUAAUUACAGCUUAUAUUCAAAGACACCCAUAAUAUAUAUAUAUAUAUGUGUGUAGACACACACAAAAGUGUUAUCCAAGAGUGACAAGGCAUUUUUCUAAAUUCAUUUUAUUCUCAGCCAUUCAACUUUGUAUUCAAAAAAUGUUUUUUAAGAUGACUUUCAUCCUAAAACUGUGUUUAAAAACAUUUACAUUUAUUAUCAUAUACAAUUAUCUAUUCAAAUUUUAAAUGUUUUGUUAAUUGUGUGUGUGUAUAUAUAUAUAUAUAUAUAUGCUUACAUAUAAAUUAUAUAUACACACACACAUACACAUUGGCCUGCUUGCCUAGCCAGCAAGUGGGUGGUAUUGUUCAAAAGUUAAAAUGAUGCAAAGCACAUUGAGACCAGUGAUGUAUAACUGCAUCUGAUAGCCUGCUCAAUCACAUGAUACAUGUAUAUGCAUAUGAAAUUUUUUAUAUAUACAUAUAUAAACAUACACACACAGUCACACACACACACAC